GGGAUUGACACAUAAUAAUAAUAAUAAUAAUAAUAAUAAUAAUAAUAAUAAUAAUAAUAAUCAAAGACUCUGGCAGAAACCAGUGCAGGUAGUCCCGGUGGUGAUGGGCACAUUGGGUGCCAUGCCAAAAGAUCUCAGCCGGCAUUUGGAAACAAUAGACAUUGACAAAAUUACGAUCUGCCAACUGCAAAAGGCCACCCUUCUGGGAUCUGUGCACAUCAUCCAAAAAUACAUCACACAGUCCUAGACACUUGGGAAGUGUUCGACUUGUGAUUUUUUGAUACAAAAACCAGCAUAUCUAUCUUGUUUGCUGUGUCAUAAUAACUAAUAAUAAUAAUAAUAAACUGCUUCAAGUGCAAAAGAAAAAGAGUGAAUACUGUAAAAACACAAUCCAGAGCAGAAGAGAAAACUAGUGAAAGAAGGCUCUCCAUGGGCACUCCCUGGGAAAAAUUGAGAGCCAAAUUGACAAAGAAUAAACAUGGCUGUGGCUCACAAAUGGGACUUUGAAAAAGGAGACGGAGGGCCUGAUUCUGGCAGCCCAUGAACAAGCCAUUAGAACCAAUGCCAUCAAAGCCAAAAUUGAGAAGUCGAUGACAGAUCCUAAAUGUAGACUCUGCAAGGAAGCAGAUGAAACUGUAGAUCCCAUCCUCAGCUGCUGCAAGAAGAUCGCACAGACAGACUACAAGCAGAGGCAUAACACCGUUGCUCAGGUGAUUCAUUGGAACUUGUGCCACAAACACCAUCUGCCUGCGACAAAGAACUGGUGGGAUCACAAGCCGGAAAAAGUUACAGAGAAUGAACAUGUCAAGCUACUCUGGGACUUCCGAAUUCAGACAGACAGACGGUUUUGGAGCACAAGACUCCUGACCUCACGAUUGUGUUAAAAAACAAAGUAUGGAUUGUCGAUGUUGCAAUCCCAGGGGACAGCAGGAUUGAGGAGAAACAACUGGAAAAGCUGACACAAUAUGAGGAUUUAAAGAUCAAAUUGCAAAGACUCUGGCACAAGCUAGUCAAGGUGGUCCCAGUGGUGAUCGGCACACUGGGUGCAGUGCCUAAAGACAUUGGCUUGCACUUGAACACAAUUGGCGCUGACACAGUCCCCACCUGCCAGCUGCAGAAGGCCACCUUACUGGGAUCUGCACACAUUAUUCGCUGAUACAUCACACAGUCCUAUACACUUGGGAAGUGUCCGACAUGGGAUCCAGUACAACAACCAGCAGAGUGUCUGCUGUGGACUCAUCUUGUUGUGUUUCAAAUAAUAAUAAUAAUAAUAAUAAUAAUAAUAAUAAUAAUAACAACAACAACAACAACACACCAGACAUCACAGUUGUGGAAAGAAAAAGGUUUGGAUCAUAGAUGUUGCCAUCCCAGGUGACAGUCGCAUUGACGAAAAACAACAGGAAAAACUCAGCCGCUAUCAGGACCUCAAGAUUGAACUUCAAAGACUCUGGCAGAAACCAGUACAGGUGGUCCCGGUGGUGAUCGGCACACUGGGUGCCGUGCCAAAAGAUCUCAGCCGGCAUUUGGAAACAAUAGACAUUGACAAGAUUACGAUCUGCCAACUGCAAAAGGCCACCCUACUGGGAUCUGCACGCAUCAUCCGAAAAUACGUCACACAGUCCUAGACACUUGGGAAGUGUUCGACUUGUGAUUUUGUGAUACGAAAUCCAGCAUAUCUAUCUUGUUUGCUGUGUAAUAAUAAUAAUAAUAAUAAUAAUAAUAAUAAUAAUAAUACUGAUUCAAAGUGCCUAUAAUCACAAGGUUUCUCUUGACUUUUACCUUAAACUGGUGGGAAAUGUGGCUCCCAGACUCCAAAAUAUUUAUCUUUUUUUGCUCCCAAAUGAUGCCCUUUUGACACAUUUUAGGUACCUCUGGCUCACAGGACCAGGAGAUUUUACCACAAAGUAAGUGACCCAGGUCCCAAAACAACCAAACACAUAGCAAAACUGGGUCUGGGGGGCAACAAGGGGUACAUUGUAACUACCCAAGAUCCAUUGGAAGCCAAUAGAGCUUCUUGAACCUCAAAGUCCACCCAUUAUCCACCCUUAUCUUGGAGAAUGGGGUCAGUGGUGGGCACUGUAGCUGUAGUUCUCCACGGAGUGUUCAUCUGUGGGGUUCUGAGAUGUCACAAUGGCUCCUGGUCUGGUGCAGAAGUUGCUGUCUGCAUGGGCCAGGCAUCCAGGGGCAUGUUUAUCUCCGUUAAAUAUGGAGACAACCGGCAGUUCUUGGCCAACAUCAACUGCUCCGUUUUGCUCCUCACACAUUACCUGCGCGACAAAGUGGGGCUGCAGAGGACAGACCCCAUUGACUUAUGUGAGGAAAACGGGACCCUCAAGCUCCUUUUCCUAGUCAAGUUCCUGGAAGACAACGCCAGCAAGUUCCUGACGCCCAGGGGAACCUACUACAUCUGCAAGUUGGAAAAGGGAGCCCCUGGGACCAAGCAUGAAAACGGCUACCGGGCCUUUCUGCCAAUAUUCAGACACCCACCCAUGGAGCUGAUGGAGUCCCUGCGCAACCAGUGCGACUUCCUGGAGAAGAGCCGCCUCCGGACACUCAAGAGCCAAGAUGGCAAGAAGCCCACCAUGGAGUCCCUUCUGAUUUCCAUGCAAAACCAUCUGAUGGGCAAGAGUGCCGGGAAGGCCGGCUCGGUGGUCUCCUCCAGCCUGGACGAAGAGGGCACUCCCCGCAAAACCACCACCAGCGCCAAGACCAGGAUGGAGUCCAGCCGGAAAGAGAAGCACCGAUGAAAAGGACUGGGAAGAAGCAGGUUCUGAUGGGACCGCUUCCUUCCUAAGAGCUGGAUAAAGCUGCUUUCUGGCUCCGAGGAGCCAUGCAAUGCCCAAGAGGCAGAGGCCUUCCUUGUCUUUGUGUUUGUGCGCUCAUUCUGCCUUUUCACCAGGCUGAUGUCACCAAGGAGCUCCUCCUAGGGCAGUUUUUCUAGGUGGUAUGGCCAUGUUCCAGAAGCAUUUCCCCCUGACAUUUCGCCCACAUCUAUGGCAGGCAUCCUUGGAUGGUUGUGAGAUUGGAAACUAAUCAAGGAAGGUUUAUAUCUCCAGAAUAAUGUCCAGGGUGGGAGAAAGAACUCUUGUCUGUUGGAGGCAACUGCGAAUGUUG